AUGGCAGUUGUCUCGGUGGCUAUCUUGAUCAACUUCCAUCUGAAAAACCAACCCAGCCGGCUCGAACAGAAACUGUCCCAUCCGCUGGGGAUUCUCUUCUGGGUGCUCUCUUUGGCCUGUCUUGGAAGCGGACUGGCGAAUUACAUGCGCACGGUCGCCAAAUAUGCGGAACGGCGUGCUCUGGUUCAGUCAGGAAUCAAGACUCAGCUGAUCUUCGGGGUCGUGGCCACGGCUAUUGUCGCAGCAUGCGCCCUGUUUCUGGGGGCGGAGGCACAGGCGGCACGAGAGAGGAGAGGAAAUAGUUGA